CAGCGUGACCUUGGUUUUGGGUGUGACCUAUGCAUGGGUCGUUCGACAUAUGAAGUGCUUCAAUAAGCGUCAUUUAAAGCCAGGUUUUUCUUACUCAAGAUUGUGUUUCCUUAUCACUGAUGAAAGAAGAUUCUAGUAGUCUUCGAGAAAGGGUUCUCAAUUUAUUCAAGUCAUCACGAGGAGUUCUUACACAAAAACAUUUUGAAAAGGAAUUUUCCGACGUAUCGCUCACUACCAUCCUACCCAUCCUAAAUGCAUUACAGAAGGAGGGGAUGUUGGAUGUUUUGGUUAAUGCCGAUAGGACCCUGUCAUGGCAACUUAGAGAUCAAAAUUCGGCUGAGAAGUUAAAAAGCCUAUCGGAUCUAGAAGAACAUUUAGUUUACAAUGCUAUACGUAACGCCGGUGAAGACGCUGCAUCACUGAAGCAAAUUAGUUCAGAAACCAAACUACCCCAGAAUCGCAUACCUAGAAUACUAAAAUCACUCAUUUCUAAGAAGAUGAUCAAAGAAGUACCUAUGGCUAUUGGUCACAAGCAGAAAGUUUAUUUGCUGAUGGAAUUAGAACCCAGUGAAAAGUUAGCAGCAAAUACCCUGUUCGCUGGCGAAUCCGGUGUAGAUGCAGAGUUCAUUUCUAUUUUAAGAACAGCCUGCCUAAAGUAUCUUCAGGAUAAGGCAAAUUCAGCUUCCCAUAUUGCUGAUCCAUUAGAGCGUCGGCAAGCUUCAUAUGUAUCUUGCGAAGAAAUUCAUCGGUUUAUCACUAACACGAAAAUUUGCACUGUAGCUAUGACUGUUCAGGAUGUCCAAUGUGUUCUAGAGGUUUUGAAGUUCGGGGGCGAGUUGGAAACACGUAUCACUUCUGAAACAUCUGAACAAAGUACUAGUUUUGGAAUACUUUAUCGACUAGCUACACAAACACCCUGUGUUGCAAAUUUAGCCAAUAUCCCUUGUACAAUAUGCCUAUGUCGAAAAGACUGUCGUCCGGAUGGUCCAAUCAACCCUCAAUCAUGUAAACUUUUUCAAGAAUUUCUGGAGUUCUGAUAAAGACUUUAUACUAAUCGGCUCUAUGCAUUUUUAAAACACUAUAUAUAUAUAUAUAUAUAUAUAUAUUCACCUCUUGUUAACAAGAUUUAUUGUUGGUCUUUCACAUUUCCUUUUACUAUUGUUCUGGCGACUAGUAAUAUUAUUUUUAUUAUUAUCUAGUCUCUUUAUUGAGUUCUUGCUGUUUAAAAUUUCAUAAAAAAUGAUAUGGAUACAUCGUUCCAACAUGUUCCGAGUAUGAUUUCCACAAUAAACUAAUUGGUUAACGAAUUCCCUUAAUUUUUUACGUUCAGAAAUCACUUGCAUCUAACUGUUGGUAUUUUCAGUGCAUUUGCCAAAAAGACUGAUCAAUUGCAAUCUUAAACAUCAAUGGGAAGAUUCAAAUAACCAAUACGAAUAAAAUGAUAAAACAAUUAGUUAAUUAAAUAAUUCAUGAAUGAUAAAUACGGUAAAUAUUUUCACUUUGUAAAAUGUAUAAACAUGUAAUAAUCAAUAAAAAUCUUUCAAUUAUUAGUUUCUUCCUUGUCGUCACUUGUAUCGUCCAUGUUUCCAUAUCUUUUCGCAGACAUUUCACGUUCAUCUUGUUCUAGUGUCAUAUGUUGUGGUUUUUUGACUUCUAUUUUUCGUUUUUGCAAAUAUAAUUUCUUUAGUAAACCAUAGGAUGAUUUUAUAAACACCGAAAAUAAUAAAAUCCAAAAUAUAACAAUCGUAACACAAAG